CAUCCACUCUGGCCGCACGCAACCCGGUGCGAACCUGUCUUCCCUCUUCUCACCCAGGCAAGGCAAUAGUAAUAAUAGCUAGUCCCCCUGUCUGCUCCUAGCCGUAAGUGCGCUGCCUACUCUCCCUCCCCUUCUCACCCAUUCUUCUCAGUCACCCCCUCGCUUGGGAGCUGGUGCCUGCAGCCGUGUCCAGCGCUUCGUCGAGUCCCCGAUGGCUGACAUCUUAGUUCUCAGGGGAGCCGAAGCUCUCCGCAGAGUUUCCUUCCGCAACGAUAUUCAAAGAUUUCCCGUCCGAACGCUAGCCGAGAUGGCAGAAUCCAGCAGUCCCCCCGCCCCGGCACCGUCUGCUAAGUCUGAGGGCGUGCAGACGGACGACGAAACGGCCCUGACACCCGACGAUACCACCACUCCCUCUCUAAGCUCCUCACCUCUCCAGCAACCCCUAGUGGACCCCCCAAAGUUGGAUGACGCCCCCAAGAGCCCCCGGAUCUCGAGGAACCCUUCGUUCUCAGGGAGCAGCUCGUACCACGAAGACUGGGAUUCGUACCCUCCCCUGGACCGUUUGACCGUCCUAGACCUACUCGACAACUUCGCCCUUCCGCAGCAGCUAGAGAAGCUUCAGAAAGGGAUCUCGGCGCAAACCGAGAAGGUCCGCAAGUCACGGGCCGCCCUUCGGAAUCGAGGCCAGGUGGCCAAGGAUCGCAUGGUCGAGGAAUGGCGACGUCGAGUGCCCUCGGCCGAAGAGCAGCUUGAUAGGUACAGGAAGCGCAUGAAGCAGAGUGUCGAGAAACUAGGCCGCCAAUGGAACGGCACCAAGGUCAUAACUCUGCGCGAGAAGGUCUCUUUCAUCGGCGGUGUCAUGAAUAUCUUCGUCAGCGGCUACUUGAUCGGCGCCUACCCCCAAUGCUUCCACCUCUGGUACUUGGCCCAGCUCAUCUACUUCAUGCCCAUCCGCUUUUACACCUACCGCAGGCGUGGCUAUCAUUACUUCCUAGCCGACCUCUGUUACUUUGUCAACUUGCUGCUCUUCCUCAGCCUCUGGGUCUUUCCGUCUUCCAAGAGGUUCUUCAUUGCCGCCUUCUGCCUCGCCUUCGGCAACAAUGCCGUGGCGAUUAUCAUGUGGCGCAAUUCCCUCGUGUUCCACGACUUCGACAAGGUCACGUCUCUAUUCAUCCAUAUAAUGCCGUGUGCUACCUUGCAUUGCGUCGUCCACCUCUUCCCCGACGACGAGCAGCGCGAACGGUUUCCCGCGCUAUGGACGGUUAAGAAUUCGCCGCCAGGCUCCCCCACCGCCUACGGCAACGUCAUAUCGAUGCUUGCCUGGUCCACUAUUCCAUAUGCCUUCUGGCAGCUGAGUUACUACUUCUUCAUCACGGUCCGCCGGCGGGAGAAGAUUGCGGCUGGGCGCCCUACGUCCUUUACCUGGCUGCGUCGCUCCUACUCUAAGACUUGGAUCGGGAAAUUUGUUCUCUCGUUGCCAGAUGCCUUGCAGGAGCCCGCGUUCAUGAUGAUCCAGUACAUUUACGCCGUGCUGACAAUGCUACCCUGCCCCUUGUGGUUUUACAGCCGAUGGGCUUCGUCCUGUUUCCUCGUCGUCGUAUUCACGUGGAGCGUAUACAACGGUUCAACAUAUUACAUCGACGUGUUCGGCAAGCGGUUCCAGAACGAACUCGAGAUCCUGAAGGCCGAGGUUGCCAAGUGGCAGAGCAACCCCGAAACGGCUCUCGGCUCUCCGACGAUGGCAACGACGCCCGCUCCCGAGGCCGAGGGCAAGAGCCGCGGCGCGGCGGUUUCCGAAGAGAGCGCCGAGAAGGCUGUUCGGAUCCGGGACCCAGCCAGCGGGAGGCGGUUGAGUGUCGACGAGAUCCCGUUGCUGCAGGACGAGAAGCCGGAGAGGGGGGCCGCCUCGUCUGCCCAGCAAGCGGCGGUGACUAGCGGAAUAGAGAGCACUGGUAAAGCUGCGGCGCGGGAGAGGAAGCCUAUCGAGGUAUCUGCGUGAUGAGACGACGUUCCGCACCGGGCCGGUUUCUUGACAUGGACACUUGUAACGGGCAGGUGUGCAUAGCUGGUUCGAUGGUCUCGGUAGGCGAUUUAUAUUAGCUAGUUUUCUACUGUUUAGAAUCACGGCGUCGGGUUCAGACUAGUUCGGUAGGCGAAGGACCCGCUCGGGCUGUCCGGC